AAAAAAUAAAAUAAAAAGAGAGCUGUUCACGAGGGUCCUCUGAGAAAUUUCCUGGUUCUGUCUCUCCUCUGAUCUGGAAAGAAAUCGACCCAUCACAUAGUUUCCAAAGCUGUUCAAAUAAUCGACGAAAUUGUUGAAGAACUGAAAGUUUAGGAUGGACUCCACAUUCAGCGGCGAUGAAACUGCUCCAUUCUUUGGUUUCCUCGGUUUUGCUGCUGCCCUCAUUUUCUCCUGUAUGAGAGCUGCGUAUGGGACGGCCAAGAGCGGUAUAGGAGUGGCCUCGAUGGGAGUGAUGAGGCCGGAGCUGGUUAUGAAAUCAAUAGUCCCCGUUGUUAUGGCCGGUGUUUUGGGUAUUUAUGGGUUGAUUAUUACGGUUAUUAUUAGCACUGGGAUUAACCCGAAGGCCAAAUCUUACUACCUUUUCGAUGGCUAUGCUCAUCUUUCCUCUGGUCUUGCUUGACGCCUCGCUGGUCUUUCUGCCGGCGUGGCUAUUGGAAUCGUGGGUGAUGCUGGUGUUAGAGGAAGUGUGAAACUAAUGCAAGAGUUAGAAGAAAUGUCGAGUUAACUACUAAUCAAGGAUCUCGGGCUUUUGUCGCUAGCCGAUAUCCUAAGCGCAAGGAUGAUGAAGAACCAAAUAGGAUGGUUUUCUUCAAGGCAACUCAUUAUUCAAAUGACAAAGGAUGGACAACAUCUGAGGCACAAGCAAAAUAUGCAAGACCUCACAAAAUUAAGUAUUAAAUUGUAAUUUUUCAUCUAAGGAUUAUUUUAUUCAUGAAUGACUUUUUAGGAGAAAAUGGUGGAGUUGCGAUCAACUCCAGUUGAAGAAGGAGCAGAAAAUAUGUAAGCAUUGGAAUCACAACCGACUCAAGGAUUGGAUUGAGAUUGCUACUACGAAAU